AUGGAUAGGGAAGCUCAAGGUUCCAACGAGGUUGAGAAGUCUUUAUCAGAUGAGGAUAUAAUGAGUCAUGACUUGGAAGAUAUCCUAGAUAUUCACGGUACAGAGCUAGAUUCGUGGAGAAGUAUCAUGGAAAAUUGGCAAAGACAAAGAAAUAUGUGUGUUGUUCAACUCAUUUGCUAUGUUGUAUACACGCUGCAUUUAUUGAACAAUCAUAUGCGUGUGGAGACAACUUUGAGUCAACCUCUUGUGCUUCGAGAGGCAAAGAGAAAAAUCUUAAUGAAGGACUUACGUGACCAUGAAGCAACUUGUCGGGCCACAUUGCGUAUGGGAAUAGAUGCUUUUGAUAUUUUCUGUCAAAAGUUACGGUUGACUGGCGUUUUGAAGGAUUAUAAUCGUGCCACAGUUGAGGAGCAAGUAGCAAGAUUUUUGGCUAUUCUUUCACAAACUGGUGGAAAGUAUCGUAAUCUGGCACUAUAUUAUCACCGAAGUAUUGGAACAAUUAGUUAUCAUUUUCACAAUGUCUUGAGAGCUGUGAUAAGUCUAGCGCCAGAAUUUUUGAGCCAACCCAAUGCUGCACCAGUUCCAUCCAAAAUCAAAGACAACCUUAGAUUCUUUCCCUACUUCAAGGAUUGCAUUGGGGCGGUUGGUGGAAGUCAUUUUCGUGUCAAAGUGCAUCGCGAUAACCAAACUCGUUUUCGUGGUUGCAAAGAAUGGCCCACACAGAAUGUUUUAGCGACAUGUAACUUUGACUUGCAGUUCACAUAUGUGUUAGCUGGAUGGGAAGGAACUGCUUCCGAUUCAAGAAUUAUCAAAAAUGCAUUUGCUAGACCACAUGGGCUCGUAAUUCCAGAAGGAAAAUACUAUCUCGGAGAUGGUGGACUUAUGUUACGUGGAUCAUUAUUGACACCGUAUAGGCAUGUCCGUUACCACUUAAAGGAAUCUUCUCGGGAUGGUCCUAAAAAUGCUAAAGAAUUGUUUAAUCAUCGACAUGCUUCUUUACGAAACAGCAUUGACCGAGCAUUUGGGGUGGUGACAAAGAGAUUUCCUAUUAUUGGUAAAAUGAUCCCUAAGAAGGGAAAGGAAGUGGCUGAUGGACCGACCAGGGAGAAUGUUGUUUGGACGGAAGAAAUGGAUAAUGAGUUGCUGGAUUGCUUACUUACUGAGCAGCGCAAGGGAAAUAGACAGGAGGGGCAGUUCACCACGCAUGCUUUGACUAAUGUCGUUUAUGCAUUGCGGACUAAGUUCCCCAGCAUAAGACUUGACAAGGACAAGGUUAAGAAUAGACAAAGGACAUUAAAAAAACACUUUGCAGAUGUUAAAGACCUCUUCCAUAACAUGAGUGGGUUUGCGUGGAAUCCUGAAACCAAGCUUUUUGAAGCUGAACGUGAAGUGUGGGAGCGUCUAUGUGAGGAAAAGCCAAAUGCUAAGCAAUGGAUCAGGAAACCAAUUAACAACUAUGAUAAGUUGUUCGAGUUAUAUGGUGAACAUAGAGCAAUGGGAAAUGGAGCUAGCAGUGCUUUUGAGAGACUUGACACUUGGAAUAUGCAGAAUCCAACAUCUGACAUUAACUUGGUCGAUCUUUCUGAAAACCCGGAGGAUGCAGACGAUGAAGGUGCUAAUGUAUUUACUCCUACAAGCAUGGACACAUUUAGUUCUGAAGGUAAAACGAUGCCUAAGAAGGGAAAGGAAGUGGCUGAUGGGCCGACUAGGGAGAAUGUUCAUUGGACGGAAGAAAUGGAUAAUGAGUUGCUGGAUUGCUUACUUACUGAGCAGCGCAAGGGAAAUAGACAGGAGGGACAGCUCACCGCGCAUGCUUUGACCAAUGUCGUUUAUGCUUUGCUGACUAAGUUCCCGAGCAUAAGACUUGACAAGGACAAGGUUAAGAAUAGACAAAAGACAUUGAAAAAACACUUUGCAGAUGUUAAAGACCUUUUCCAUAACAUGAGUGGGUUUGCGUGGAAUCCUGAAACCAAGCUUUUUGAAGCCGAACGUGAAGUGUGGGAGCGUCUAUGUGAGGAAAAGCCAAAUGCUAAACAAUGGAUCAGGAAACCAAUUAACAACUAUGAUAAGUUGUUUGAGCUAUAUGGUGAACAUAGAGCAAUGGGAAAUGGAGCUGCCAGUGCUUUUGAGAAACUUGACCGUUGGAAUAUGCGGGCUCCAACAUCUGACAUCAACUUGGCUGAUCUUCCUGAAAACCUGGAGGAUGUAGAUGAUGAAGGUGCUACUACUUUUACUCCUACAGGCACGCAUGCAUUUAGUCCUGAAGGUAUGCCUACUAUUAGCUCUGAGCGUUCACCAUCAAUUAACUCCCAAGGCACUUCAUCGAGAGGAAUUAAAAGGAAAGCUCCUAUGGGAAAUUUGAUGCUUGAUAAAAUUGAUGAAAUGAGAAGUAAUAUUGCGAGCAUGGUACAAGCAAUUGAGCAGGGGAAUUUGAUUGCUGAACGCUCCGCACGAGCAAUGGAGAAAGGCAACGAGAUUAAGGAAAAGUCACUGAUGAUUCUUGAACAUCAAAAGGCUCAUGUUUAUAAGGAGGCAGAAAUUUAUGCUGAACUGAUUCGCCUUAAUGUUCCCCAGCAUAAGGUGAUGCUAGCUUACAGGAACUUUGCAAGAAGCCAGGAAAACACAAGACUUUUGUUUGGCUUACCAGAGGAUAGGCGACUUCAAUUUGUGGAGAUGGCACUACUCUGGAGCACUAAUAUGUGA